GCUCCUCCUGCUAUGAUGCCUGGGCAGAUCCCCGACCCUUCUGUGACCGCAGGCUCUCUGCCAGGGCUCGGCCCCCUCACGGGACUCCCCAGCUCGGCUUUGACUGCGGAGGAGCUGAAGUACGCCGACAUCCGCAACAUCGGGGCCAUGAUCGCGCCCUUGCACUUCCUGGAGGUGAAACUGGGCAAGAGGCCCCAACCGGUAAAAAGUGAGCUAGAUGAGGAAGAGGAGCGACGGAAAAGGCGUCGGGAGAAGAACAAAGUCGCAGCAGCCCGAUGCCGCAACAAGAAGAAGGAACGCACAGAGUUCCUGCAGCGGGAGUCCGAGCGGCUGGAGCUCAUGAACGCGGAGCUGAAGACGCAGAUCGAGGAGCUGAAGCAGGAGCGGCAGCAGCUCAUCCUCAUGCUGAACCGCCACCGCCCCACCUGCAUCGUCAGGACCGACAGCGUCAAGACACCGGAGUCCGAAGGCCACCCGCUGCUGGAGCAGCUGGAGAAGAAGUGACCGUGGGCCUGGCAGAGGAGGAGGAGGAAGGGGAGGAGGAGGAGGAGAGACGGAGGAGGAGGGGGCUCCCAGAUGGCCUUUCCUUGGUGCAUGACAAACUCUACACUGAGGCUCAGCACGGYGGCCUUGGGCGGGCUCUGGCGUGGAACUCGGAUCAGCCACACGCGGGGAAGAGCGGGCUGAGGGAACCCAGAGGGACCAAGCGCUGAGACCAAAGUUGAACUGCGGGUGGGGCUGUCCUGCCUGGGGCGCGGCUGGAGGGAGGCAGGACGAGGCACCUGCAUCAGAGAGAUGCCCAGCUGGCAGCCUCAGGCGCGAAUCCAGCUUCUCUGCCAGCGCCACCCACCCGAGGGACCACCGAGCAGCCAGGAAAAGCCAUGAGUUGUAACCAAAAUGGAGCUGAGGAUGGAACUCAGCGCAAACCUGCMAUCGCCUGCCCCUAGCCCUCCCCCGACCCUGGUACAGAGGUGGAGGGGGCGGGCGAUGUCCCUGUCCGGGAGGUGGCAGCCGGGUGCGCCCUCGCGGGCCUGGCCCGGGCCUGGGGAGUUUGCCGAGGGCACUGAGGCGCGGGCGCCCUUCCAAAGCACAUACUCACUGAAUGUUUACAGACUGGCUGUCCUGGCAGGGCUUUCCACUGCACACGGUUUUUAUACUUUCUUUUUCUUUUUCUUUUUUUUUUUUUAAUAUUUUUUACAAAAAAGAUUUUAUACAAGCAAUAUAUAURUGGAUUUCUAUAAUCACUCGAUGUGAUACAGUAUAAAUAUGCUAUGGUUUGUUUGUUAUGGACAGAUAUCCACCCAUUAUGGCCGUUGUGUGUAACUCCUAAGUACUGUAGU